AAUAAAACCAUGGCUCCCAAGCUUGCAAUCUCAGCUUUGUUGCUUCUUCUUGUAAUAAUACAAGCUUUAUUUGUUAAAUCCGAACCCCAAAUUUUCAAAUCUCUCCGAUUAUUGGAGGGAGCUCAAAAAGGAUACACAUUCGAAGGGCUUAAUCAAGUCAAGCAAUAUUUGAAAGCUUUUGGAUAUUAUUCCAUUAAUGGUGGUAGCCUCACCGAUUCUUUUGAUGACGUGUUAGAAUCCGCACUUAAAUCUUACCAACAACACUAUCGUCUCAAGGCAACAGGAAGAAUCGACUCUAAUACCUUGAAGAAAAUGUCAACCCCUCGAUGUGGCGUUCAAGAUAUUUUUAACGACUCAAAUGAUGAUGUUAAGUUUAGCAUGAUAGCUAACUAUAGCUUUUUCAAUGGGAUGCCUCGAUGGAACAAGCGUCAAUUGACUUACAUGUUCCGUUCUAGUGCAUUUGUGAUUGGUGAUCAACAAUUAAGGCCUAUCAUCAUCAGGGCAUUCAAACCAUGGGCCGUUGUUUCUAAUUUCACAUUCCGAGAAGCUAAUCCAUCGGAUAUCGUGAUGGGGUUUCAUCGAGGUUUUCAUGGGGACAACUACCCAUUCGAUGGCCCGGGAAAUGUUUUAGCUCAUGCGUUUGCACCACAAAACGGAAGGCUUCAUUACGAUGCCGACGAGAAUUGGAAUACUAAUAAUGUUAUACGACUAAACCAAAUCGAUUUAGAAACCAUAGCUAUUCAUGAAAUAGGACAUAUUUUAGGACUUGGGCAUAGUCAGGACCCAAAUGCUAUUAUGUCCGCAUAUUAUAGGCCUGGAACCAUCAAAAGGAAUCUAGGCCAAGAUGAUAUUGAUGGCAUACGAGCUUUGUACUCCAACUAAUAAUAAAUUAAAGUAGUUUAUGAAUCAAAUCGAUUGAACUAGAAUAAUAAAAAUUUUACUUGCCCAA